AGGUGCGAUCAAGGAGUUUGAAUCACCUGGACACAUUGAACAUGCGACCUAGUGGAGGAGCGGCACCUUCGGAUGGAUCUCACCUGAAGGACGCCCGAUCGGAGCCGGAUUGCACCAGGCCGCUACUGGUGCCUCCGUCCCCGGGUUCGGAUACACCUUCCCCGUCGAGGCCGGAGCCUCCCCAGAGGCGGCAUAUGCUCACCAGAUCACAGAAAUCAAGCAGCGAAUGUUAUAGUGUGACUUUCGACGUUGGCGAAGAUUCUACAGAUGAGCUCGAACUUUACCCGGCCUGCAGAGGUAUCACCUUGUACGAUUCCUUGUCGAAGCUGUGCGAAGGCCGAAGCAUAGAUCUGUCCUGCUGCGAGGCCUGGCUAAUAGACAAGGACUCCGGAUCGCAAUCCUUGCUCGCCCUCACACAGGACACGGCGUGCUUGGUCGGCAAGCACGUGCGGAUUGUGCACAGAGAUGGCGCCACCUCCAGGAUCAAAUUCGGAUCUUUGCAAGGGCAGCACUCCAGGAAGCUGUCUGCGAAUACAAGACCUAAAGGUACGAGUUUCUUCAGUUCGAGCACGGAGGAUGCGUCGUGCUUCCAAGACGUGGACACGAAAAAGGGCAAGCAGCGUUGGUCUAGCCUUUUCGGAAACAGCAAAGAUACGAAGCAGAUAAUGGAGCAGCUAAUCGAGCAAUUGCAUAACUACAGCAAGGUCGGAGUACCCAACUCCCAGGCGUAUCCACAAGGGCAGAGCGAGGCGACGGAUGCGCUCUACAAGCUCGAGGAUGACUGGAGACAUAUCAUCGAUGUUAGCGAAUUAAGCGAAAGACAGCAGAAGCAGCAAACGGCGCUCUGGGAACUCAUAAAAACGGAGGUGGCAUACAUCAAGACACUGAAGGUCGUCACUGAUUUGUUUCUGGCGUGUUUGCAAAGCCUACAAUCGUCGAACAUUCUGAGGGAAAUCGAUACCGCUAAGCUCUUCUCGAACAUUGGAGACAUCUUGGAUGCUAACGUGCAGUUCUGGGGAAGUAGUCUUUUCCCGUUGGUGAGAGACAUGAGGAAUUAUAAGCAGCCGGCGUGCAUCGAAACCAUGUGCGAAGGUUUCCUGAAGAUCAAGGAUAGUUUUCAAGCUUACUACCAAUUUUGCGGGGAGCAAUCUAGGUGCCAGCAUUACGUGCGUGAGAACCUCUCUCACAACGAACUUUUCACGGCGUACCUCGCCUGGUGCGAGGCGCAGAAAGAGUGCAAUCGGCUGAGGUUGCUGGACAUCCUCGUGCAGCCGAUGCAGAGGCUUACGAAAUACGGUCUGUUGCUGAAAGCUAUUCUGAAGAACACGGAUGAUGAGUUGGAACGCGAGAAUCUUGGACUGAUGAUCAGAUCUGUCGACGAUUUCGUGAUCAACGUGAAUUUCAGCUUGAAGCAGAAGCAGGACAACGAACGACUGAAAGGCAUAAUUGCAAGAAUCGAAAGUUACGACAUCGUGGAAAGCAAAGACGAUGACCUGGAGAGAUUGCUAAAGUCACAUAAUCAGCUGGAUUUGAAUAAGCCGAUGUUGAAUUGUCCGCCGGAGAGGAGGCGGCAUCUGCUGCUUGAGGGAGAUUUGAAGCUCAAAGAUAACAGCACUUCCAAAAUGGAAGUGCACUGUUUCUUACUGACUGAUAUGCUGCUAGUAUGCAAGUCGUCGACAAAGAAGGGCGGAACGGUGCGCGUUGUAAGGCAACCCUACUUGGUAGAUAGAUUGGUUGUCAUGGAGAUCAAUAAGGAAACACCGACAUUGGCCUGUGUUUACAAGAACGAGUUUGAUAUGGCUGUUGCCGCAUUUCUCCUGCAGAAUAACGACCCGAAGAAACUAAAGAGUUGGAAGGAUUGUAUUGCCAAAGCGCAAAGCUUGUAUUACCAGGCCAAGCAGAGUUACCUGAAUGAAGAGAGUUUGGAUACCGAGUACAGCUUCGAAUAUUCCACCGAUAAUGACUUGCAUUGUCUUCAGUUGGCGCCAAGGUCACCGUUGGCAUCAUCUUCGAGAGCGAGUCGAGUCUCCAGUCUUGCACAUAGCCACAGUGGUUCCGUUGAGAUGAACGACCAAUCGUCAAUUGGAUCGGCGAAGGACGCUUCCCGUGCGGUAUCCAUGGAGAACGACAAUAGGACGGCUUCGAUAUCGAGCGACGAGGGGGUGCAGCCACUUCCACCUGACAAAUCGCCCGUCUCGCAGAAGAACUCUUUUAAGCACCGGCUAUUCAAUAAAACUCCGAACACGUUGUCCGUGCAACCGUGCACCCACGGCCUUGGUCAAAGUCUGCCCAACCUGUCCUUGGGUUCACCCAACGUCGGCACCCUCAGCCUCAGCUUGAACCACCAUAACACCCUCUCUGUGCCCAGCACCAGCAAGAACGGCCACCUGCUGAGCCCCACCCAUCGAGGCAUCAGCUAUCCUCCACCUUCGCCGACCAGAGGCAAUCUUCGACGCGGAUUGGCCAUCAGCCAAAGUAAGAACCCGCCCCUAAUUAAAACGCGCCACGUGAUGUCAACGGGCGCCACGGGUGGCGCGAUACCUGCCAGCUUCGACUUUGACGUUCCCAUAAUCGCAGCUGGUAGUAGCCCUUCUUUGGAGCCGUUGGAGAACUUCUGCAGAGGGCAACACCGACAGGCACUUACCAAGCGUUUUCAUCGGAACGACAACAAAAGAUAUCACACGGCUGGCGCAGUCGAUGACAUAAAGAAGAGUAACGAGAAGGACUCUAGUAUUCACAAGCGAUUAUCCUGGAACUGUGGUAGCCAGGAGUGCCAGCAGCAGCAGCAGCCGCAUCCGCCGGAAGCGGAUGAUCAGACCUAGCAUAGGAGGAAUUAUCUUUGUCCGACAUUAAUAGAAUGCGCGACAACCCUAGUCGCCACUUUAUUACUUAACUAUCUGCUAGAAUCCUGAGAGGCCACAAGAAACAAACAAAAAAUACUGAAGAUUUAGCUCUUAGAGAGGACCAAAAAGGCAUUCCUAGACCCCGAAACCCUCAAAACCCCUUGAUUAAGUAAUAAUAUUAAAAAAAAACACUUAAAUAAAAUAAGGAGAAUUUAAAAAAAAAUAAUUGA